AUCCAGGACAAGGAGGGCAUCCCGCCCGACCAGCAGCGCCUCAUCUUCGCGGGCAAGCAGCUCGAAGAUGGCCGCACGCUGUCCGACUACAACAUCCAGAAGGAGUCCACUCUCCACCUCGUCCUCCGCCUGCGCGGCGGCGCCGACGAGGAGAAGAAGCCCGAGGAGGCCGCCGCGGAUGAGGAUGACGACCGCCGCGUGAACCUCAUGUCCCAGGAGGGCGACCAGUUCGAGGUCGAGGUCAAGGUCGCCAAGAUGAGCGAGCUCGUCAAGACCAUGAUCCCGGAAGAGGCCGACGAGGACGAGGAGGCGCAGGAGAUCCCGCUCCCGAACGUCAAGUCGCACGUCCUCGCCAAGGUCAUCGAGUUCUGCCGCCGCUACGCCGAGGAGCCCAUGUCCGAGAUCGAGAAGCCCCUGAAGAGCGCGAACAUGCACGAGGUCGUCCAGGAGUGGUACGCCAAUUAUGUGGACGUCGACCAGGAGCUGCUCUUCGAGCUCAUCCUCGCGGCGAACUACAUGGACAUCAAGCCUUUGCUGGAUUUGACCUGCGCGACCGUCGCGUCGAUGAUCAAGGGCAAGACGCCGGAGGAGAUCCGCAAGACGUUCAACAUCGUCAACGACUUCACGCCCGAGGAGGAGGCCCAGGUGCGCGAGGAGAACAAGUGGUGCGAGGAGGCCUAG